AUGGGGGGCUGCUAUUCCGCCUUCGCCUGCUCGCGGAAGCUGCGCGGCCGCAUCUCCUUCGUCCUCCCCGUCACCGAGCGCGACCGCGACGACCGCUCCAGCGACGGCGGCGCCAGCUCCGUCGCCUCCACGUCCCCGUCCCCGUCCCCGCGCAAGAACGACGCUGACGCCGGGCCGCUGGUGGUCCGGACCACCGCGGCUGAGUUCGCGCGCCGCUACGUGCUGGGCCGGGAGCUGGGGCGCGGCGAGUUCGGUGUCACGCGCCGCUGCCGGGACGCCGCCACGGGGGAGGCACUCGCGUGCAAGACCAUCCGGAGGCACCGCCGGCCCCGCGGCGGCGGCGGCGGUGCCGGCGUCCGCCGCCUGCGGGCCGGAGACGGGGCCGGGAACGCCGCCGGUCCCCACGGACCGGCCGGAGCGCCCCCGGCGGCGGCCGGGCAGCAGGACGCGGCGGCGGCGGCGCACGCGGCGGACGUGCAGCGGGAGGUGGCCAUCAUGCGGCGCAUGUCGUCCCGCGGCGGCGCGGCCGUGGUGCGGCUCCGCGAGGCGUGCUGCGAGGACGCCGGCGGCGGCGCGGUGCACCUCGUCAUGGAGCUCUGCGAGGGCGGGGAGCUGUUCGACCGCAUCGUCGCGCGUGGCCACUACUCGGAGCGCGCCGCGGCGGGCGUGUUCGGCACCAUCGUCGACGUCGUGCGGCUGUGCCACUCCAACGGGGUCAUCCACAGGGACCUCAAGCCCGAGAACUUCCUGUUCGCCAACAAGUCGGAGGACUCCCCGCUCAAGGUCAUCGACUUCGGCCUCUCCGUCUUCUUCAGCCCCGGCGAUCGGUUCACGGAGGUGGUGGGGAGCGCGUACUACAUGGCGCCGGAGGUGCUGAAGCGGAACUACGGGCCGGAGGUGGACAUCUGGAGCGCCGGCGUCAUCCUCUACAUCCUCCUCUGCGGCGUCCCGCCAUUCUGGGGAGACAACGACGAGAAGAUCGCGCAGGCGGUCCUCCGCGGCGUCAUCGACUUCAACCGGGAGCCAUGGCCGAGGGUGUCCGCCAACGCCAAGGACCUCAUCCGCCGGAUGCUCGACCCCGACCCCUCCACCCGCCUCACGGCGAGGCAGGUGCUUGAGCACCCGUGGCUGAAGAACGCGGACACGGCGCCGAACGUGUCGCUGGGCGAGGCCGUGCGCGCCCGGCUGCAGCAGUUCUCCGCCAUGAACAAGUUCAAGAAGAAGGCGCUGGGCGUGGUGGCGCGGAACCUGCCGGUGGAGGAGCUGGACAAGUACGUGCAGAUGUUCCACCUCAUGGACAAGGACCACAACGGCAACCUCACGCUGGAGGAGCUCAUGGAGGGCCUCCACAUCAACGGCCAGCACGUCCCGGAGUCGGAGAUCAGGAUGCUCCUCGAGGCCGCCGACACGGACGGCAACGGCACGCUGGACUGCGACGAAUUCGUGACGGUGUCGCUGCACCUCAAGAAGAUGAGCAACGACGAGUACCUGGCGUCGGCGUUCAGGUACUUCGACAAGGACGGCAGCGGCUUCAUCGAGCCGGAGGAGCUGAGGGAGGAGCUGGGCCCCAACGACCAGGCCAUCCUCGACAUCAUCCGCGACGUCGACACCGACCAGGACGGCCGCAUCAGCUACCAGGAGUUCGAGCUCAUGAUGAAGUCCGGCACCGACUGGAGGAACGGCUCCCGCCAGUACUCCAGGGCCAACUUCAGCAGCCUCAGCCGCAAGCUCUGCAAGGACAUGUCGUGA